CGAAUCUCUAACGACGAAAUGUUCUGUUCAGAAUUCAGUAUCUCUCGUUCAGCGCAUCCUCGUUCAUGCCGGCCCGCUGUCAAUAAUUGAGUUCUUCCGCUGUCACCCAAGCUGUCGCUCCUCUAUGUCGCGAUGUUAGAACGCCGAUGCGCGGCGCAGUCAAGAAUGAGAAUAAGGCCUUUUUCUUCCUUCCCUCCUCCCACCACCCCAUACCCUGCUAACUGGGCGGGAUCCCAGAAUUCACACUCACAGAGCUAGCAUCUGUGUACUAUACCACCGUCCAACUCCUUACUACCCUCAUUUCUAUACCCGAGCCAUGCUCGACAAGUUGACCGUCGUGCUGCAGGCCCUCAGCUUGCAGCAGGGCCUCUUCAAGCCCACGCCCAUUAUCCUUAUACCCCAGGAGCCCUCACAAUCUGCGGCGCCCAGUUCAAUGGCGCCAGUGGACGACCCGACUUCUGCCUUAGGCGUCGGCUCAAUAUCGACACCUUUGGGGCAACACGACCCGUGCUACGUCGAGCCGUACCUCGUACCUCCUCCACCCCUUGAGCCCUUCCCGCCCUUCGAUCCCGUCAAGGCGAGCGUCUUCCGGUACCGGCAGCAGCAAUCAGUUAAUCUCGGUUCAUGGUUCGUGCAUGAGCAAUGGAUGACACCCUCCCUUUUCACCUGCGCGAGCGGCGACAAAGUCUCCGAGCUUGACAUUGCUACCGGGUGGAACACGACGACCUCCGCAAAGGCGGUCCUCGAGCGCCACUGGGAUACCUUCAUUGACAACACUGACUUCCUGCACCUCGCGAGCAUCGGCAUCAACACCGUGCGCUUGCCCAUCGGGUACUGGUCCUUAGGCCCGACGUUCACCGCGGGGACGCCGUUCCAGGACGUCGCGGAUGUUUAUUCGGACUCGUGGCCACGUAUCGUGCGCGCGAUCAACCAGGCGGGCGAGGCGGGGAUUGGUGUCCUCGUCGACCUGCACGGCGCCUACGGCAGUCAGAACGGCCAGCCGCAUUCCGGUAUCAGCGAUGGUCAGACGCGGUUGUUUGGCGACGAGACCAACAUGGCGCGGACCAUCGAGGCGCUGUCGUUCAUGGUCCAGCAGUUCGAGAGCGUCACGAACGUUGUCGGCGUCCAGAUACUCAAUGAGCCUCAGAACAGCCCUGCCCUUUCCAGCUUUUAUGAUCGCGCCAUCCAGACGCUUCGCUCAAUCUCACCGACGUUCCCGCUUUACAUCCAUGACGGCUUCGACCUCGAGUUCUUCAGCGACUAUGUCUCCAAGAGGACCGAUUUCGUCGUUCAGGACAAUCAUUCGUACUUCGUCUUCUCGCCACAGGACGCGGCGGAGCCGGCUUCCCAGCAUACGAAUGACGUCCAGACGGGUGUGGCUGAUCGCUUCGUCCGGGCAUCCAACCAGGAGCGCAGGAACCUCAUCAUCGGCGAGUGGUCGUGCGCCCUGACAGCGGACAGCUUGUCGUCGGAGCAGGAUCAGGAAGCUGCGCGUAGGGACUUCUGCACGCGUCAGGUUGACGUCUACACGAACAGCACGGCAGGAUGGGCGUUCUGGGCUUACCGCACCGAGGAUUGUGACUCGGAUCCUGGUUGGUGCUUCGAUGCGGCAGUCGGUCGCAGCCUGCCCUCGUCCUUCUUCUCGUACGGUCAGCCGGGCGUCGUGAAUUUGGACCAAGCCAACCCCUUCGCCAACGCGGAGAAGGGUUCUCACUUUGCGACAACCGUGGGCUCGAUGGUCCCGCCGACGAUGGACGAUAUAGUCGGCAAGAUGGGUGACGUCGGUGGGAAUAUGGGCGAUGUCGGCAGCAAUGUGCCCCUCGUAUCGCGGAGCAUGCGUGUCUCUAGUGGACGUCCGUCGCUCAAGAUAUUCGUCGACAUUGCGCGGAUAGCGCAGCCGUUUAAUUCGAAGCACCGCUUCGAGGCCAUCCACAUCCGCCGCGCGCUCGCCGAGCGCGACGCGGGCGUGGCUUCCGAUCCGCAGGUCGCGUACGCGCGCGGAUACGCGGACGGGUUCAUGACCGUGAAGACGUUCGCGCUCGAGGGCGGCUCGCGGCUGGGCUUCCGGGGGCAGUAUGUGAUGGAUAGCGUGAAGAGCUUGAAUGCGGGCGGUGCGCAGCUGGGCAUGGACGUGGCGCCCCCGGACGGUGCUGCUGGCAGCAUUGUGGCGCCGGGGAUGGAAGAGCGGUAUCGGGAUGGGUUCUUUGCGGGGCUGAAUGAUGGGGAGGAUGCGAUUCGGGCGGUGAUGGCGAUGUUGUAGGGGGUGGGUGGGAUGGAGGCGAGGGGGUGGUGUUGAAGAGGGUUAGCGUGGUCGGAUGGAAGAAAUGAAGGGAAAGAACAAUUGUACUAUUAGCUUGUAUCAGUACUAUCGACAGGGAAUUGACAUGGGACUGGGAACAAGGGAAAUAUG